GCCUUGUCGACUGUACCAGCUGGUCUCCACAUCAGUUGACAGUUCGCUAAAAUUGACUAUCGCUGAAACAAAGUUGUUUACAAACAAUUUAAGGCUUAAUUUUAAUAAAAUGACGGAUUACUGGAAGUCGAACGAUCGCAAGUACUGCGAUUUCUGCAAAUGCUGGAUUAGCGACAAUAAAGCGAGCAUUGCCUUCCACGAGAGUGGGAAGCGCCACAAAAUGAACGUCGCCAAGCGCAUUACGGAUAUCAGCCGCAAUAGCGAAAAGGCUGAGCGUGAGCGCAAGAAAAUGGAUGCCGAGAUUCGGAAAAUGGAAGAAGCGGCUAUGCGCUCAUACGCACAAGAUAUACACAUAGGUGGAGACUUUACGGCGCGCACUAUCAACGCUGUACUUGAUGCUACCACAACAACCGGCACGGUGACUGCGUCAACAUCAACAGCUGCCGGACGAGGAAAGCAAGUGGAUCCAGUGCGUCUACCAGGAAACUCAGAUGAUGAGAACGAAGACGGCAAACGUGUUAGGGUGCAAAAAGUCGCACCGGAAAGUGUACCAAAUGCUUCACUUUGGGUAGAGGGCGUUUCUGAAGAAGGUUACACAUAUUAUUGGAAUGUGAAAACUAACGAAUCUGUAUGGGAGCCACCCAAGGAAGGCUAUCUAUCGUAUGCCGAAUAUCAAAGGAUAAACGAAUUGGCGGUAAAAAAGCACGAAAUGGAACAAGCCACUGAGGCGAAGAAGUUUCGUGAGAACGUAAACGAAGAUGUCGCGCGUUAUAACCGUGAACGAUUGAAAAUGUUUCGUAAACCCGAAACGCCACAGGAGAUACAACGAAGGCGCGAAGAAAAACAGGCAUACAAAACACAAGAGGAGGCAACCGCUCAAACAAUAGGAGAGUGGCAGGUGGUGGAGCAAGUACCUACUCCUGCACCAAUAGACUUGGAACUACCCAAGGUUGAUAACUACUAUGUACCUCCAGUGGUGUCGGAAGUACCCGCUGAGCCGCCGGCAAAACGCUUCAAAGAGAAAACUAUCAAUUCAUUGGACCCAACAAUUGCAAUUAAUUUACCCACCUCAUUCAAGAAGCGAAAGUUUGCCGCAAAAGCUAAUCAGCGUCAACGACUGGACGUCGAUUAACCACCGUAAUCCGAUUUCGCUUUAGUCAAUAACUUAGUUAAGUUGAUUAGUUUAAAUGAACUAUGAAAUAAUGUCAAUAAUAAUUCUUGUAUGGGUGUUUACGACACGCCGCGCAUGUAUUUUGACGUCAAAAAUUAGACAUUAUUGCGCAUAAAUAAUUAGAAUCACAUAUGCAGUGUGCAAGGCACA